AUGUCCGCCCCGUCCCCAUCUGCACCCGGCUACCUCUGGGUCCUCAGCGAGCCAGGCUCCCAGGCCACCGUCCAAGAGUUCCAGGACUGGUACGACAACGAGCACGUCCCGCUCCGCAUGGCCAAGUACUUCGAGACGGGCGCACGGUACGAGGCCGCCGACGACCUCAAACCCGGCUGGUCCGCCGCAUACGACAUCUCGUCCGUCGCUCUCUUCUCCGACGACAAGUACACGCGCCUGCGCGCCAACCGCUCGCCGCGCGAGGGCGCCCUCGUCGCCCGCCUCGAGACGCUCGACCGCCGCACGGCCGAGAAGCUCGCCGAGACGAGCGCGCCGCCUGCAGCCGCCCACGCGCCCCGGUUCGUCCUCACGGCGGCGGGCGACGACGCGCCGCGCGACGACGAGCUGCGCGCGUUCGAGGGCGUCGAGGGCUGGAGGAGGAGCCAUGCGCACCGCGUGUACGACUCGCUCGUGAUCGGGCACGGCAAGGAGCCGAGGACCAACGUCGCGCCCAAGUUUGUCGUCAUUCACGAGUUCGACACCGAGGCGUACGUCUCGUCGCCCGCCUACGCCAAGGCGACCGACGGCAAGGCCGAGGUGCGCCGGUGGAAGCUGUACCGCGCGACGCCCAACACGGCGGCAAAGGCGUGA